CACAUUUCGGGUCCUUCGCUGCUGAGAUGCGGUGAAAGUGGAAGGAUCCGACCCGCUUUUCUGCCACGCCCGCUAAGGGAGCAGCCGCUUCCCGGAUGGCCUCCGCCGCCUCCUCUUCCUCGCCGCCACCGUCGUCGCCCGGGAUGACGGCGGCGGCCGAGGAUCCCCGCGGAGCCGGAGGCCGGCCCCCGGUCCCUCCGUACGUGAAGGCGGCGGCGGGGUCCCUCGGCGGCGUCAUGGAGGCGUGCUGCCUGCAGCCGAUCGACGUCGUCAAGACGCGGCUGCAGCUCGACCGCGCGGGGGCCUACCGGGGCAUCGCGCACUGCGGCGCCAGCGUCGCGCGCGCCGAGGGCGUGCGGGCGCUAUGGAAAGGGCUCACGCCCUUCGCCACCCACCUCACGCUCAAGUACGCGCUUCGGCUCGGCUCCAACGCCGUGCUGCAGUCCGCGUUCAAGGACCCCGACACCGGCAAGGUCUCCGCGCAGGGGCGCCUCGCCUCCGGGUUCGGCGCCGGCGUCAUCGAGGCGCUCCUCAUCGUCACCCCCUUCGAGGUAGUAAAGAUCAGAUUGCAGCAACAGAAAGGAUUAAGCCCUGAUUUGCUCCGAUAUAAAGGGCCUAUACACUGUGCAAAGACUAUUGUUCGGGAAGAAGGCCUAUUUGGUCUGUGGGCCGGAGCAUUACCAACUGUCAUGCGCAAUGGCACAAACCAAGCUGCAAUGUUCACAGCGAAGAAUACAUUCGAUAUUGUUCUAUGGAAGAAGCAUGAAGGAGACGGGAAGGUCCUCCAGCCAUGGCAAUCAAUGAUCUCAGGGUUCCUUGCAGGAACUGCAGGACCUGUCUGCACAGGACCCUUUGAUGUCGUGAAGACUAGGUUGAUGGCACAAGGAAAAACUGGUGAUAUCAAGUACACGGGCAUGGUCCAUGCGAUACGAACAAUAUACGCCGAAGAGGGGCUGCGAGCCCUGUGGAAAGGCUUGCUUCCCAGGCUCAUGAGGAUUCCACCUGGACAGGCUAUAAUGUGGGCAGUGGCUGAUCAGGUGAUGGGCCUCUAUGAGCGAGCUUAUCUGCAGCCAGCUCAUCUUUGAUCAUCCUACUUCUGUGCUGCACUGAAAUUUUUGGGUUACUUCUCAUAAUUUUGAAUCGGUAGCUAGACGUGGAAAUCGUGAAUCGAAAGUGGAACCUUCCAGUGCCUGGAUAUUCUUUUUCAUUGCUAAGUUCUGGGUAUUGAUGGAAGCAAUGAACUUUUGUACCAUUUUAUAGUCAAUAAUAUGAAACCCCUCUUGGAUUGAGAGA